AUGGAGUUGUUACUUCUCCUCCUCAGCUGCUUCCUCUGCCUCAUCUUGACCCUCACCUUCCUCCGACUCCUGACAAGAAACACUCCGGCGGCCAAACUCCCGCCGGGCCCCUCCCGACUUCCAAUAAUCGGCAACCUCCACAUGCUGGGCGACAAGCCUCACCAAUCACUGGCCCAGCUCGCCAAGAUCCACGGGCCCUUGAUGAGCCUCCAGCUGGGCCGAGUCACCACCAUCGUCGCUUCCUCCCCAGACACCGCCAGGGAGAUUCUCCAAAAACACGACAAGGUCCUCUCCGACCGCCACGUCCCCGCCGCCGCCCAAGUCCUCGACAUCCACAAAUUCACCAUCCCGGCGCUUCCCGUGGGCUCCAGGUGGAGGAACCUCAGGAAAGUGUGCAACUCGUACAUCUUCACCACCCAGAGGCUGGACAUGAACCAGGACAUCAGGAGGGUCAAGGUUCUGGGCCUCCUCGAAGGAGUCCGGCGUCAUGCCGCCGAAAGGCCCGGAGAAGCGUUGGAUGUCGGGAAGGCGGCGUUCAAGGCUAGUCUGAAUGCUCUAUCAUCGACCAUUCUUUCGAUGGAUCUGGCGGAGGAGGAGGAGGAGGAGGAGAAGUCAUCGGGGACCGCCAGGGAGUUCAAGGAGCUGGUGAGGGAGCUGUUGGGUGAGAUUGGGAAGCCCAACUUGGGAGACUAUUUCCCCGUAGUGGCGAGGCUGGACCUGCAAGGGAUACAGAGGCGUUCCGAGGGUCAUUUAAGGAAGAUUUUGAAUUGGUUUGGAUGGGUGAUCGACGAAAGGCGGCGCGAUUUGAAGUCGGAGAGCUACGUCUCGACCAACGACAUGCUCGACACGCUUCUCGCCAUGGGAGACACUGAUCAUGACAGCAAGCACGAGGAGGCUGCUGCUACGAUGGAUCCACUAUGCAUCAAAUACUUGUUCUUGGAUUUGUUCGUAGCUGGUACUGAUACAACUACUAGCACACUAGAAUGGGCAAUGACGGAGCUCCUCCGCAAUUCCAGUACACUGGCUAAGGCAAAGAAAGAAUUAGACCAAAUUAUUGGAAAAGACAUUCAGCUUCGUGAAUCAGAUAUCCCUCGUUUACCAUAUCUACAAGCAAUAGUGAAAGAAACAUUCAGGCUACACCCAACAACUCCUCUUCUACUUCCCCGCAAGGCAACAGCAGAUGUGGAAAUUCACGGCUUUACUAUCCCCAAAGGUGCCCAAAUUCUAGUCAAUGUAUGGGCUAUAGGUCGAGACUCCACGACAUGGGAUGAUCCGAAAUCAUUCGUGCCAGAAAGAUUCUUGGGUUCGAAGGUUGAUGUUAAGGGCAACAAUUUUGAGCUGCUUCCUUUUGGUGCUGGAAGAAGAACCUGCCCCGGGCAAUCGUUGGCAUUGAGGAUGUUGCAUAUGAUGUUGGGCUCGUUGGUCCAUGGAUUUAACUGGAAGUUGCCGGAUGGGUUGAAGCUUGAGACACUGGACAUGGAAGAAAAGUUUGGAUUAACUUUACAAAAGGCCAAACCUUUAUUCGCGAUUCCGACUUGCAGGUGA